AUGGUCAUUAGUUAUGCUUUGCUGCUGUUGUUCAGUGCUUCUUUUUUGUUGUUGUUGUUGUGUAUUAAAUUUUUCCUUUUUUUUUCUUUUUUGCCUGUUUCUCUCCUUGUGGAUGUCGUUGGGACUACAGGAACUGCAGGCUUGUGGAUGAUGCAGCGGUCAAGUGUCGUUCUCGUGGCUCUGGUGACAAGGGCGAAGUCAUCGUCAGGUGCGUUGAAGGGAGAGGUGGUGGGCGGAACGGAGUCGGAGCAGCUCUCCGCAUAUGUCCCAUCCUCGUCGGAGGCGCCCGAGCUCCUGCAACCGUACGUGGAGCCGACACCGUUUGUUAGCGCGAGGCGUCUUCAAGUGUUUUUUGCCUCGAUGGGCAUUGGCGCCACCACCAUCUGUGUGGUUUAUUAUCUCCUCAGCAAAUCGAUGAGCAACAAUCAUGAGGAAGAGCAGCGCUACUUGCAGCGCGUGGUGGAAUCUAACCGUCUGGCAAUGAUGGAACCGCAGAGUCUCGUUCCCGAAUUUACGGCCCCGAGUUCCUUCAAUGAGCUGAAGGAAAAGAUGCAACAGCAUGAACGCGAGCUUGAGCGUAAGCAAGCGCAAAUAAACCGUAACACCAUUUUGCUUCAUAAGGAGGUUGUGUUUCGUUUGAAGGUUUGGUGGAAUGCCUCUCUUACACACAUACAAGAGGCCUUUGAUCGACUUGGGACGGUGAUUCAGAGACGUAAGGAGCGUGCAGCAGAAGCCCACAUCAAACGAAUAUUAGAAGAAGAGGGAUACGACUUAGUGAAGCUGCGCAGUGGGAAAACACACAUCUGGUAG